AUGCCGAGGCUCAAUGAUGAAGGUUUUUCUCUGAAAGUCACGAUGCAUCUUCACGAGUGCGGACGCUAUGCUUCGGCAUGUAACCUGCCUAACCUCGUCGCGGUUGGUACCGCAACGCCGAUCCACAAGGAUACUACCUAUGCCGAACGUCAAAGGCAAUUACCCCCGACAGGCGGCCACCUCCGCACCGCUACCUACAAGCAUUUGGGGCAGGAUGGAGAGACCUGUGGCGUUUCCUGGGGGCGUUUCCUGGGGGUCCUGCAUACUCCACAUUCGUAUAAGGGAGGCGGCAUUGUACUUAAAGCUCAGGUCGAUCUCCUCGUGGGUUAUGUAUCGUUGAUCUCCCAAUCUGAUUCCUUUUCCCCCCGACUCUUAGAUUCAGGCGCCAUGGAUCCCAUCCCUAGCGUGUCUGUGACUGGGGCAGAGGCCCGUCACAAGCAGCGAUGGCAGACACUUUUGAAUAAUCCAAAGCUUUUGGCCAUUGCCUUUUUUGCCUCGUUUGGUGGUUUUGAGUAUGGCUAUCAGCAAGGUGUACUAGGGCAGUCCCUAGUCAUGACGCGCUUCAAAGACAAUUUCCCUUCUGUCGUGGAAUCAGCUGGAGCAACGGGGUGGUUGACUUCCAUCCUACAACUAGGCGGUAUUUUGGGCUCGCUGUCAUCUGGUGUCUUUGGCGAAGUCUUCUCGCGGAAGUACACCAUGUUUUCAGCCUGCUGUUGGGUCGUUCUCGGGUCGUACCUCUACAUCGGUGCAACCCAUCACAAUCCUGCGAUGUUGUAUGCUGGACGAUUUUUCACUGGUAUUGGUGUUGGAACAUUCUCUGGUGUCGGACCACUCUACAACGCGGAAAUCGCGCCACCUGAGCUCCGUGGACUCAUCGUCUCCUUUUAUCAAUUCGCAACGAUCUUGGGCAUCAUGUUGUCAUUCUGGAUCGGCUAUGGAAGCAAUUACAUUGGCGGCACUGGAGCUAGCCAGAGUAACCUUGCUUGGAUGCUUCCAUCUAUCAUCCAGGGCGUCCCCGCAGCAAUCCUCGCCAUUGGAAUUUGGUGGCUUCCGUUCUCCCCACGAUGGUUGAUCAAGAAAGGUCGCGACGAGGAAGGCCUAAAAACACUGUCCUAUCUUCGCAAGCUUCCCAUUGAACACGAACUCGUGCAAACAGAGUUUCUGGAAAUCAAGUCCGAGGCCCUUUUUGAACGUCGCAGCUUUGAAAAGAAUUUCCCCAACUUGGCUGCGAAAGAGGCGGGCAGCAUCGUCGUGAGGGAAUUUGCACAGUAUUACCAGAUUUUCAGGACCUGGGACAACUUCAAGCGCGUAGCUACGGCGUGGUUGAUCAUGUUCUUUCAACAGUGGUCGGGUAUAGACGCAAUUAUUUACUACAGCAGUAACAUCUUCCAAUCCGUCGGCCUGACUGGAGGCACACAAGCAUUACUCGCUACUGGCGUUACAGGAGUGGUCUUUUUCCUCGCCACGCUGCCUGCCAUGGCUGUCAUUGACAAGUUUGGUCGCAAACCCAUGCUGCAAGUUGGUUCCGUCGUAAUGCUAAUGUCCAUGGUCAUCGCCGGUAUCCUCGUCGCAAAGUUCCGCCACGACUGGGUUGAGCACGCGGCUGUGGGCUGGGUCGUAGUGACCUUCAUCUGGAUUUACAUUGCCGCUUUCGGCGCGACUUGGGGACCAGUUUCGUGGACACUCAUUAGCGAGAUCUUCCCUCUUUCCAUCCGCUCCAAGGGCGCGUCCAUCGGAGCAUCUAGCAACUGGCUCAACAACUUUGCCGUUGCUUUCUUUGUUCCGCCAAUGCUCGCGAGUUGGGCCUGGGGUACCUAUAUCUUCUUUGCAGUCUUCUUGACGGCAGGUAUCGCCUGGGUUCACUUUUAUUUGCCAGAGACGAAGGGCAAAACACUGGAGGAAAUGGACGAGGUGUUUGGCAGCCGAACCGGGACGGAAGAUGCCAUUAUGCUCGCGGAAGCUAAGAGGGAGAUUGAGCUGAGCAUGAGUAUGGAGCGCGAGAUCCUCAAGCCUGGUAACCAUAACGAGAAGGGUGACGCAUAUGUGGAGGAGGUAUAG